AUGUGCACUUGCGAAGACAACGGCAUUGGACCUGGACGCGAGAUCGAGGAGCGCACACCGCCUCCACCACCUAAAAGACGGAAUCAGAGUAUUCUGAACUUCUUUCCUGCCUCGUCCAACUCCGAUACAGCGGUGAGUAGAAGCUCAUCAGGUAGCGCAGUUGAUGCUGGAGCUAGCGUCUUCUCUGACCUUGAUCAGGGAUUUACAUCAAGAAGUACUGUCUGCUCUUCUGCGUGUUGUCAAGAGACUCUGUCACCGUUCCAACCCAAAGACCCAGCUGUUAUAAACAACACCAAAAGGAAGCAAGGCAAGAAAUACAGAGCAUUUUCUCCCACUUGGUAUACGAGCUAUCCUUGGCUGACUUUGUGCACAACCAGGAGCAAAGUCUACUGCACAUAUUGCAGAUAUUGUAGUAGGAAAGGGUUGCUAGGUCUGGCCACUAAAGGAGAAGAUAACUUUAUUGACACAGGGUUUGACAUUUGGAAAAAGGCUCACGAAAGAUUCUCUGUACAUGCUCAAUCUGGUCAUCAUAAAGAAGCUGUUUUUAAAGCUGAGCAACUAAAGCAUGACAGUGUGGAUGCACUCCUGUGCAGACAAGCUAUGGUUGAUCAAAAACUUCACCGGCAAAUGCUGCUGACUCAGUUAUCAACAUUGAGGUACUUGCUUCGACAAGGAAUGGCUGUUAGGGGUCACCAUGAGGAAGAAGGUAACUUGGCUCAGCUUUUGCUCCUGAGAAGUAAUGAGAUCCCUCAACUAAAGGUUUGGCUCAAGGAGAAGAAGUAGUGUUCCCCUGAAAUUCAAAACGAACAGAUUUCUCUUAUGGGAUUGUGUGUUUUGAGAGGUCUUUUGUCUGAAAUUAGAAAUGCACGGUACUAUUCCAUUAUUGCUGACGAAGCAAUAGAUGUUGGUCACAAGGAACAACUUGUGGUUUGUAUCAGGUGGGUGGAUGAUAAUUUUGAUAUCCACGAGGACCCAAUUCAGCUUAUCAAUGUUCCAAAAACUGACGCACAGACUUUGACUACUUGUA